AUGGCUUCGCGACCCUCGACUCCGACGCCUCAGGCUGCGGCCGAGUCCAAGUCCCCGCUGACGCCAGAACAAGUCAGGCGGCUCGAGAUCAACCGCCUUAAAGCCAAAGCGUUGCGUGAACAACGAGAGGCAGAGGUUGCAGCCACAGCAAGCCUCAAGGGCUCCGACACCACCACAGCAGGCCAGAAGCGCUCAUAUGCCGCCUUCUCCCAGACUUCCGUACCUCCUACAAGUCGCGAUGCCCGAAACGACGUCAACAAUCGUCCUCUCGAGGCCAUCCAGCCGGCGCGCAACUUUGCGAAGUACGUCGACUAUGAUUUCAGUAAGAUGGCAGAUACAAAGGGUGGGUUCUUGACUGCAGAAGACGAUCCCUACAAUAAGGCGAUGCACGCCGAUGAAAAGGAUCAAAAGCCCUCACAUAUGACGCAGAAGGAAUGGGAAAGACAGCAACUGCUCAAAUCGUUACGCAAUCGACAGGCCGGACCUUUCGAACCAGGCAUCAGCGUAAUCACUGACCAAACUACAAAGUCGUGUCGAGAAUGUGGGACUCUGGAGGUGGACUGGAAAUGGCUUGAUGUCUUCAACGUUGCAGUAUGCAGCGCUUGCAAGGACAAGUUCCCGGAAAAAUACAGCCUGCUUACCAAAACGGAGGCGAAAGAGGAUUAUCUCCUUACAGAUCCAGAGCUGAAAGACGAAAACCUUCUCCCACACCUCGAAAGACCUAACCCACACAAAUCUACAUGGCACAAUAUGUUCCUGUAUCUGCGCUGUCAAGUGGAGGAAUACGCGUUCUCGGAGAAGAGAUGGGGCUCCGCAGAAGCUCUGGAUGCGGAGUUCGAAAAAAGGGAGACGGAGAAGAAGAAAAGGAAAGAGAACAAGUUCAAAUCGAAGCUGGCAGACUUGAAGAAGAGGACAAGAGUUGAGGCGUAUCAGAGGAGCAAGAAAGGCGGUCCCGCAGGAAACUUUGGAGACGACAUGAGCGGUGGCAAGCACGUCCACGAAUUCGGGCGACCGAUUGACAAUCCAGAGACUGGAUUUCCUGUCAAGACGUGUAUAACAUGUGGGCUGGAGGUCGAAGAACUGGAGCUGUAA